AUGCAAAUGCGACGAUGCGUCACAUUGAAUCGUCGAUUGUUUGUCUUUGUGAGAGCUCAACAUUCCGCACUUCGUCGUGUUGCGUUCGUUCGUCGUCCACUUCACUUGUUACAUGAUGUUUCGACCAGCGAGUGGCGGCGUAUAAUGGAUGCCGCGUUAUCGCGAGCUGUUUCCGCUGCUGCCCGUUACGUUGCCGACUCGAACUCCGAUAACACAGCUGUUUUUGAAGAUGCUUUGAAGGUGUGA